GGCAAACGAUAUCUGGGUAUCGAUAUUCCGGAUUACAUUGCGAAUGGUGGAAAAGCUGAUGCUCUAAAGCACAUGUCAGAUAAGAUGAAAGCCAUGGGCCGACGAAGGAAAUAGAUUGUAACCAACAACGAUGGAUCAUGGAAACUGACUGUCUCUCCUGUGGGCGUUACCUCCCCGAGGGGAAGCCCAAAUUAUGGUGUUCAUAAUUUCCAUUCUCUCCGAGGAGGAAGAGAUUCGUUAAGCCACUCUAAUUUUGCUCAGUUCUCACCGUUUUCGGUCUUUUCGCUCUCUGAAUGAAUAUCAAUCACUCUGUAUACUGUAGUACACAACAUUUGCAUACGACAAGACAAGAAGAAUCAACGACCACAAACUCGCAAGUUUGUUGAGAUGACGCCAAAUCAUGCAAUUCAUUUUCAACCACAAAGAUGCAUUUGAAGCUGAGAGGAGAUGGUUUUCCUGGCCAACCGUUUUCAUCGUGAAUUAGGUUCUGUACAUACGUGACCAACUCAAAAAUAGUACAAUUAUUAUCAUCCUGGUAUCCCAUAGCAUUCUGUUUUAGAAAAAAUGUCCUCAAAGCAAAAUAAAUGAUGGAACAAUC